UCUUGGAUUCGGAGUCCUCUGAAAUGGAAAGCAAUGGAAGCUGAGAGAAGCAGAGCAGUGAAGAGAAAACCCUUAUCAGAUCGAACCAAUCUCAAUCCCACCACCUUUCGCGACCACUCGUCUUCCCUCUUUGUCAAACCCCCAAAAUCAAAUCCAAUUACGAAGUCAAAACCGAAAAAUAAACCAAAUCCGAAACCCUACAAUCCAUCAACCAAUGGACCUGACAACAGUUCCUCCAAAUCCUUCACGAGCGGCGGAUCAUCCAACAACGACAGAAACAAUACAGCCAACCCUAGAACCAUCCGAAAACCCCACUCUUCAGUCCCUGUUUGCAGUGAAAGAGAGACAGCAAAGAAAACGAAGAAUAAAGGAAAGGCGAUUGCAGUCUCUUCUAAUUGCCAUCUUGAAAGAUCGAAGGAUAAAGGAAAGGCGGUUGCUGUGCCUUUUGGUUGCACUACUUUGGAGAGAACAAAUGAUAAAAAGAAAGAAGUUGCUGUUACUUGUGCUUGUCCACCUCUGGAGAAGACAGAGGAUAUAGGAAAGGCAAUUGCUAUGCAUUCUAGUUGCUCUCCUCUGGAGAAAUCAAAAGAUAAAGGGAAGGCAGUUGCUAUGUCCUUUGUCUGCCUUAAUAUAGAAAACAUGGGGAAUGAAGGGAAAUCAAUCGAUGCACGCUUUAGUUGCCCUCCUUUGCAGACAACCAGGAACAUUAGGGAGGAAUUAAACAAAUCUGAUGAUAUUGGUCUAUACAAAUCAUUCACAGUUCCUCGUCCAAAGCAUAAAAAGAAGAGGUAUUGCUUAUUGCCAGAGCAAGAUAUUUCAGAACAUGCCGCUCCACAAGAUUUUAUUGAGCAGCAGAGAGCUUACUUUAAAGAGAUUGAUGAAUUUGAGCUGCCGGAGGAAGAGGUAUCAUGUGACGAGUUGGACAAGUAGUGUUGCAUGUAGGAUAUAGAGGACACUUAACUGUAUACUUAGAAUGAAAUACUUCACGAAAUCUUGUGUUACUAGUAUUUCCACCACAUAUGUGCCAAUUUGAGUCCUUGGUAAUCCUUUCCCAAGUAUGUUCCACUUUGGUGCAAUAAUAUCCAUGUUGGAUUGUCUUCUUGAAAUAACAAAGAAUAGAAAUGAUCUGUUGUGGAGAUCAUGGUAUUGACUGCAUUUUCAGACUCUGGAUUGAUGUCAAUGUCAAAUGGAUAAUCUGAUAUUCUAAUUUAGUUU